UGUUAACAGUUUCUAACACGCGGCACCAGCGAAGCGGACGCUGCGGCCAUUCUCCUCUCUUUAUUCCUCCUUUCCUCUGUUCCUCCGGUGGACGCGAGGAAGUGGAGAUCCUCACGGCGUUUGAUCCGGACGGCGGUGGCGAAGAUGCUGGACGUCCAGAAGCGGCGCGUGCAGCUGCUGCUCUUCAUCACGGGCGUCCUCGCCCUCAGCAUGACCGCUGAGAAGUUCAGAGAACUUGUUGGAAAGGAGGCUGCAUCAAAGAGUGGGCAGUUCACAUUCCUGAACUGCUUUGAUAUGGGCUCUGGCAGCCUUGCAUGUACAGCGAAGGAGGGUGUCAAGUUGUAUGUCUACAACCUCCGAACGGCACACAUGGAAAGGGUGCGGCAGCAAGCCAUUGAGAAAGCAUUAGCCGAUGCUGUGACAGAAGGCCUGACACCCUCUGAAGCAGCCAAGCAAGCUCAGAAAGUUGGAGCAAAAGCGGCGAAAGUGGCCGCUCGUCAAGCCAAGCGGAUAUUGGGGCCAAUAAUUUCUUCUGGUUGGGACUUCUUUGAAGCAAUGUACUUUGGUGGAAGCAUGACAGAAGGUCUUCUCCGGGGUACCGGCACCUUGUUUGGAACUUAUGUGGGUGGUUUCCAUGGUGAGGAGAGGUUGGGGAAGCUGGGGUAUCUUGCAGGAAGCCAUCUAGGUAGCUGGGUUGGAGGAAGAAUUGGACUGAUGAUCUAUGAUGUCAUAAAUGGCCUGAAAUAUAUGCUUCAGUUUGUCCAGCCAGAGAAUCAAUCAUCGUCAUAUGCUUCUGAAGAUGGUUCAGAAUACGCAGAUAAUUAUAUAAGCGGCAAAAGAGAGGAGUCAACAUACGCAGAUAAUUAUAUAAGCGGCGAAAGAGAGGAGUCAACAUACGCAGAUAAUUAUAUAAGCGGCGAAAGAGAGGAGUCAACAUACUAUGAAACAUCGGAAGAGAAGCAAGAGGAAUCGAAGUGGUUUAGUUUGUUCUGAGACUGCAAAGAUUUGAUAUUAGCGGUCUUAUACUGUCUUCGCAGAAAUGGUUAGAUUGUUUCGUUAUAAAUUCUCGACAUGCUUAGCUUCAUUUUGUAUUGUUAAAUGGGGUACGAUUCUUCUUUGUAUCUAUCCUUUUGGCCACUGUAUUCUGUAUACACGUGCAUGCAACU